AUGCCCGUCGCACUCACAACCCAAAGUGGUCCCCUAGCUCCUGCUUCGGUCUGUGUUUAUUGUGCUGCCUCUCCCGGAAAUAUCCCUGCUCAUCGCGCCGCCGCCGUCUCUGUCGGCACCGCUUUAGCGCGCGCGGGACGAACACUCAUCUAUGGCGGCAGCUCUAAAGGCUUGAUGGGUAUCGUAUCUUCCUCUUGUCUUAAAGCAGGUGGAGAUGUGACCGGAAUCAUACCUUACGCAAUGGCAGCUACCGGAGGUGAAGGUAUUGGCGAUGAAUAUGAGCAGAAAGGAAAAUUGAAAACAAUAAUCGUGAAGAGUAUGCAUGAACGUAAAAUGAAAAUGGCCAUCCUGGCAGAGGGUGGCUUUGUCGCGCUUCCUGGUGGAUACGGUACUCUCGAGGAAAUUUUUGAAGUCACAACUUGGUCUCAGCUAGGGAUUCAUAGCAAACCCGUUAUUCUACUCAACGUUGAAGGGUAUUUUAAUCCGCUGAGAACGUUCAUUCAGGAUGCCGUGGCUGCAGGUUACAUUAGACAACAAUAUGCCGAGCUCAUCACUUUUGUCGAUGCUCCUAGUGAUUGCAGCCAAGAGAGCUUCGACUGGGGUCUAGCUACGCUACAAUCUUUGUCGACUUGGAAUUCGGCUAAAGAAGGACUGUUUCAAUGGGCAAGGACAAAGUUAUAG